GCUUCCCUGGAGGCGGAGCCGCCCGCGGAGCUAAAUGCGGCGGAGGCCGGGCGGGGUGGGGUUUCCCCGCGCCGCAGCCAUGGAACAGCCCCGUGCCGCCGCCCGCCUGCAGAUCGUCCUGGGCCACCUCGGCCGCCCCUCGGCCGGGGCCGUCGUAUCCUUUGGGCUGCGCGGGGCUCGGGCUGGAGCCGGCGUCGGCGCCGCGGCCUGAGUGGUGGCCCCGGUCCGGGUGGAGGCCUCGGGGUCGCACGCAUCGCAGCCCCAGCGCCUCCUUGCUCAGCGCCAGGUCCCCGCCUGGGUCGCGUCUCUUCCCGGAACCGGGGAGCCGGGAGGAGGCUGCGUCCCCUGAGGACACGCGCGGCCGCCCUGGGCUCGGGGCAAUUGCCGCGUUGCCCUGCCCUCCGGGAUCCCUAGGGGCCUCUGCGGCUCGCUUUGUGGAGACGUCGUUUCACCGGCCGCGCGUGACCCCCGCAGCUGUCCAGAGACCCAGAGAUGUCCAAUCACAGGCGCACCGUGCACAGGCGCGCAGGGCUGCCUGGAAGAGGCCCGGGCAGGCGGUGACCGGGCCCUCUCCGGAGGGGAGAGGACGGUGCCCUCCCGGGCAGGAGCUGGCCAGGCAGGCACUGCCCAGGGCGGCCUGCCUGCUGGACUAUGGCCUCCCUGCUGGACUAUGCCGUACGUAUACUCUGGAUAAUAAUGUUCUAACCCUGGAACAGAGAAAAUUUUAUGAAGAAAAUGGAUUUCUAGUAAUCAAAAAUCUUGUACCUGAUGCUGACAUUCAACGCUUUCGGAAUGAAUUUGAAAAAAUCUGCAGAAAGGAGGUGAAACCAUUAGGAUUAACAGUAAUGAGAGAUGUGACCAUUUCGAAAUCAGAAUAUGCUCCAAGUGAGAAGAUGAUCACGAAGGUCCAGGAUUUCCAGGAAGAUAAGGAGCUCUUCAGAUACUGCACUCUCCCGGAGAUUCUGAAAUAUGUGGAGUGCUUCACUGGACCUAAUAUUAUGGCCAUGCACACAAUGUUGAUAAACAAACCUCCAGAUUCUGGUAAUUGCAAGAAGACGUCCCGUCAUCCCCUGCACCAGGACCUGCACUAUUUCCCCUUCAGGCCCAGCGAUCUCAUCGUUUGCGCCUGGACGGCGAUGGAGCACAUUGACCGGAACAAUGGCUGUCUGGUUGUGCUCCCAGGCACACACAAGGGCUCCCUGAAGCCCCACGAUUACCCCAAGUGGGAGGGGGGAGUUAAUAAAAUGUUCCACGGGAUCCAGGACUACGAGGAAAACAAAGCCCGGGUGCACCUGGUGAUGGAGAAGGGAGACACCGUUUUCUUCCAUCCUUUGCUCAUCCACGGAUCUGGUCAGAACAAAACCCAGGGAUUCCGGAAGGCAAUUUCCUGCCAUUUCGCCAGUGCCGAUUGCCACUACAUCGACGUGAAGGGCACCAGUCAAGAGAACAUCGAGAAGGAAGUUUUAGGAAUAGCAAAUAAAUUAUAUGGAGCUGAAAAUAGCGUGGACUUGAAGGAUAUUUGGAUGUUUCGAGCUCGACUUGUGAAAGGAGAAAGAACCAAUCUUUGAAAUAGCCAUCUGCUGUAACUCUUUCAACAGAAAACCAAAACCAAACAAAAUGUCUAAGGAAAAUGUUUUCUUAAUGAGAUGAUAUAACCUUUUCUAUCACUUGCUAAAAGCAGAAAACAUGUAUCAGGUACUUAAUUGCAUAGAGUUAGUUUUGCAGCACAAUGGUGUUGCUUUAAUGAAAAAAAAACAGUAAAAGUGAAAUAUUACUGUUUUAAGGAAAACUAAUUUAGGGCGGCAGCCAAUAAAGGUGGUUGGUGUAUAAUUUAAGUGUUAAAUCAAUUUCUUUCAUUCAGUUAGCUCUUUACCCAAGAAGAAGUGAAUGAUUUGGAGCUUAGGGUGUGUAUUGUAUCCCCUUUCUGAUAAACCCAUUCCCUACCAAUUUUGUGUCAUAAGAGAUUUUUUUUUCCCCAAAUCUAGAACCAUGUAUAAUACAUUCACAUUUAGUCAAGGGCAUAAGAAGGGUGUCAUGGAGUCCAAAUAAAGGUGAAUAUUCCGGCUCAGACAA